ACGCCGCGGAGUGGCUGCGACGCGCGGCGAUUGGGCGAGCCCGGAGCUAAAGUGCGCUACGGAGUGAGAAGAGAAAACGGAGACCCGGGCGAGGACAACAGCCGCCGCCGCCGCAUGAAGCCAGCUAAAGUCGCAGUCUCGCUCCUCGGGCUCGUGUUGUAGCGACUAUGGAUGAUACGAUGGCGGCCAAGUUUACUAUUUCGGACAGCGACUCGGAGCCACCAGAAGAGGUCGAGGAAGAAGGAAACGAUCAGCCAGCGGACGGAAAAGUGGAGCCGCUCCGCCAGCGCCACGCCCUCACCCUUCCUGAGCUCAGAUCAGGGCAUGGCCGGAUCAGACUGAACUCGGAGUCCCACGCCUCCACCAUCUCCAGAGAGGAGGAGCUGCAGGGCAGGGGGGAGGAGGAGGCCGGGACCCCCACCGAGGGGCUCCCAUUCAGGAACCGCUCCAAUUCGGCUCCUCCGGCCCUGUGGGCAGCCAAGAAGUACGGGCGGCAGCUUCGCAGGAUGAGCGACGAGUUCGGCAGCCUGCUCGAUAAAGGGGAGCUGAGGAAGGUGAGCAGCGCUGGGACGAACAGACCCAUUCACCACUCCAGGAGCUGGUGGAACUACCUCUUCAGCCACCAGGAGACGGAGGGAGAGAACAGCCACCAUGAAAACCACGCCCCCCGCACCGAGUAGACCCCUGCUAGGGGGGGGGGGGGGAGCAUUAAAUAAGGUUUUUAUGGUAGGGAGAACAACCACUGGAAAAUAUGACCUGUGACUGGGGGGGGGGAAAAGGCUUCCAGGUUCAAGGACUUGGUUAAAUAGGACUUUUAUAAGUUUUGUUUUUAUGUCUAUACAUUAAAUUUUUUUAUUAGGUGUUAGUUGUGAUUUAAAAAAUGUUUGGCUGUCCAUUGUGUUAUAGGGAAAAGGAAGUCAAAAUGAGAUGAUAUCCUGAAAUAUAUAUAUAGGUAUAUAUAUAUAUAAAUAGACUUGCAAUUAGUGGAAAGGAGAAGUUAGUGUUUUGGAUUUAAUUUUAUCGCCUCUGUGGCUAUAAAUGCACCAAUUUGAA